UUCUCUGUUAUCAGCAAACCAAAGGUGAAACAGAAAGAAUCAGCAGCAGCCUCUGGUUUUUAGUAUUAUUUGUCUCUCUUCUCUUCUCUUUGUGAAGUCUCGUGUUUUUCUCCCCUUUAAGCGGCCUUUUCUCUUCCAAUCUUCUCUCACUCUUAUUGUCAGCCAUUUCCUUUUCCUUCCCUUCUUCUUCAUUGAUUGAGGUUAAGAUUGAUACCUCGCUUAAUUUUGAGAUGAUCCGUGAAACGUGAAGACUGUUUGGUUUCAUUAGCUUGUAAACUUAGGCUUUCGUUUUUUCUGACUAUCAUCAGCUGAAAUUUCAUUUUUUUUCUUUCGAUUACGGUUGGUUUUGUUAUUUCCUAUAUUGAUACAAGGGAUUAGAGGUGGAAAAUUUUGAAAGCUCUAGCAAUAAUAUGGGCUAUUUGAAUUCCGUGUUGCAAUCUUCGAGUCAGGUUCAUGCUGAAGAUGGACGGAUUAGCGGCGGCGGCCUUAGUCAGAACGGAAAGUUUAGCUAUGGCUAUGCAAGCUCUCCAGGGAAAAGGUCUUCAAUGGAAGAUUUUUAUGAGACAAUGAUUGAUGGUGUUGAUGGCGAGAUAGUUGGUCUUUUUGGAGUCUUUGAUGGUCAUGGAGGUGCCCGGGCAGCUGAAUAUGUUAAUCAUAACCUUUUCAAUAAUUUGAUCAGGCAUCCAAAGUUCAUUUCUGACACCAAAUCUGCAAUAGCUGAUUCAUAUAGUCAUACAGACUCUGAAUUUUUAAAAUCAGAAAAUAAUCAGAAUAGGGAUGCUGGGUCAACCGCUUCUACGGCUAUACUCGUUGGCAAUCGGUUGCUAGUUGCAAAUGUUGGGGAUUCCCGUGCUGUAAUCUGCAUAGGAGGCAAUGCUAUUGCUGUGUCCCGUGACCAUAAGCCAGAUCAAACUGAUGAGCGUCAACGGAUUGAGGACGCAGGAGGAUUUGUCAUGUGGGCUGGAACUUGGAGAGUAGGAGGCGUCCUUGCUGUUCGUGCAUUUGGUGAUAGGCUCUUGAAGCAAUAUGUUGUUGCAGAUCCAGAUAUUCAGGAGGAAAAGAUUGACAACUCUCUCGAAUUCCUUAUUCUUGCAAGUGAUGGACUGUGGGAUGUUGUUUCAAAUGAGGAGGCUGUUGCAAUGAUAAAGCCAAUACAGGAUCCUGAGCAGGCAGCAAAGCGGUUGAUGCAAGAGGCAUGCCAGAGGGGUAGUGCAGAUAACAUAACUUGUGUCGUCGUGCGAUUCUUGUUCAAUCAAUCGAGUACCAAUCAAGGGGCCACCUCACCUAGUGUAUCUGCAUAAGCACCAUCUCUUUCCAUGUUUUGGUUUCCCAAGUUGAGGGAAAAAGUGGGGGACUUAGAUAUUGAUGUAUCUAGUCAUAAAAAACAGAUAUAUUUAACAGCAGGGUAAGGUGUAAGGAUAGAAAAAAAUGAAGAAAUGUGUGAGGGCAGGAUUUGCAUUAACAUCUUCUAUUCAGACUCUGGACUGGAACAGAAUUGCAUGAGUUAAAGACGGUGGCGGAUCUAGAAAUUUAAGAAU